AUGUGCAUUGUGUGCUUAGGCUACACAUGUCUUAUUAAAAUUCAAAAUUAUUGUCUUGACUAUAUGCCGAAUAUUACUGUAAUAAUUGCGCCCAAAGCGACUAAUGAAUUGAUUGAUGAAUAUAUUCCCAACGAUAAGUAUAACGAGGUGCCGAGACGCGGAAACAGUGAUCUACGUCUUCGCAAAAGGGUGGAUUCUUCUCGUCGUGACGCUGUUGAAGCUGGAUUUGAACCACGCGAGGAUGUUCCGCGAUGCCAUUCCACUCAAUCAUUGAAAGAUGCGCAACGAGUGAAAUCAUACAGAGGAUCCCAAUUCUUGGCUAGCGAUCUUUCACUUGAUCCAAAUGGUCGCAUCGUGGCGCCAUGCGACAGCACUAGCGGAAACAAUGCGCCAACAGCGAUCAUAACUCCCAGCGGCAGUCACAAGUUGAUACAUUCCGCCAGCAAGUCAAGUUAUGACUUCGAACAAGAUGCUUUGAUGAGUGAACGCCGACGCAGCUUGCAAUCUGAGAUUUCAGCGUCGUCAUUAUAUCAAAAUGGACGAUCGCAAUUCACGCCGAGCCACGAUAUUCCUCAAACCCAUGGCACACGAAUUCGAGUUUCCAGUGUGAACACAAUUUCUGAAGGAACGGCAACACCGCAAUAUUCCAUUGAUCAGCGACGAAGCGUACACAAUAUCAGCAAUUCGCGAAAUUCGUUCGUCGAAGGAAUCAAAAAGACAUCGACGCCGAGGAAUCAGGCAGCAGUUGCUCCAUUAUCACAAAAACCACGACACCACAGCGGAUCGCGCGAUGAAAUGCGAUCUGUGGACCGCCGUGGCAGUGGUGGUCCACUCAAUUUGCCCGCCUAUCAAAACUAUGUGAUGCGCCACUCGGGAGAAGAACGUCUUGUUGAUGGACCCGCCAAUUCUCCGAGUACAGGUCGCAUCGCUUAUUUGGAGCAGCGGAUUCGCGAGCUCGAAUUAAAUCAACAGGAGCAGGCAAUGAAGCACCAGAGCACUCCGGUUUCUCAGCGCCACACUCGUCAAUAUAAUCAUAGUAGUAUGUCGACUAGUGAUCAACUUAGAAUGCAGGAGAUGAGUGACGAGUUGAUGAUGAAGGAGAAAAAAGUGGCGCAGCUCGAGGGUAAGUUGCUCAAGGCUUAUCAACGAAUUCAACGAAUGAGCGAUGAGCAUGACCUCAAAAUUAAGUCGGUUGUGUUUGAUGCUGAGCGUGCACGUGAUGAUCUGACUCGUUGUGUCGACAAAAUUCACCAACUAGAAAGUGAACUAGAGGUUAUGCGGCUGACAGCGCAAAACGGAGAUCACACUAACGAACAAAACAAUCGUGAAUUGCUUGAUAGGAUCUGGAAACAGGACCGAGAGCUUCAAGAAACGCGAGUUCUUCUCAAUAGGCUUCGUGAAAAGGAGGCCGAGUUUGAAAAAAUGCGAUCUGAAAAAGGAUAUCUCGAAUUGAAAAAUGAAAAUUUGAGCAAAAAGUUGGAGGCGAAGAAAAAGGCAAUGGAGGACUUGGAGAGAAGUGUUUCGACAUUGCGGCUCGAGCAAACCAUAUGCCAACAGUCGUGCUCAUCAGGCUCGACGCCGCUUGCUGAUGAAAUGGAAUCGAUGACUGACAUCCGACCUUCAGUUGCAAAAUAUACCAAAGCUCAUUCAACUUUGAGCAACAUGUCGCCUCUGCCACAUUCAAAAUCUACGGGUUUAACAAAAAGUUUUUCGAAUUUCGCGCUCAAUUCUUCUAAACGUGAUGACACAAUCACUCCUCUCAUGAGUCGCACUCUUCGCGAACAGAAUCGGUAUAUUACCAUGUGCCGCGCCAUGGUUGUUUGCCUUAAAGAGGCUUGUGAUCGAUUGUCGAAGGGUGAGCAUCCGGAUAUUCCUAGAAUUCUUGGUGUUAGAAUGAACGCCAUGUCGGAAAGCGAAAUGGAGGAUGACGAUGAGGAAGCUGACGCCUCGAAGCCGUUCUCGAUGCAAACUGCUGAAAGCGUGUUGGCGAAACAGAGCCAGAAGCUAAAAGAGCUCGACGAUGACUUGAACUCCAUUAGGCUGAUGUUGGCCGAUUGGCAUGGACAACUCGAACCUAGCGCGGGUGGUGAUAGCGAACGGGAAAUUUGCCGAUUACAAUAG